UCAGCCAGCUCUCUACUUUAACUCCUAAAGAUAAGCUGAAAACAAUUUGUGUGAAAGUAUCAAGAAAAUGGGAGUUCCGAGGGCUUAACGAUGAUGGACCUCUGCAGCAUGUUGAUCUAGUGCUUGUAGAUGAUCAGGGUAAUUCUAUUUAUGCUGAGAUCCCAGCAUCUGAGGCAGAAAGACACAGCUCAACUCUUGAAGAAGGGAAAAUAUAUAUUAUGAGCAGAUUCAGAGUUUGCAAUGCCAAGAAUUAUUGCAAGUCUUUACCAGGCCCUUACAUGUUGGAGAUUACAUGCCACACUCGGAUUAAUUUAGCACGUGAAACAGCAACAUUUCCGGAGUAUGUUUACUUCUUAACACCUUUUGAUGAGAUUCCAGGAUAUAUUGGAGACAAGAAAAAAUUUCAUGAUGUACUUGGCUUCCUUGUACAAAUCAAUGAACCAGAAUGGGUUCAUUUUGCUAACCAAGCAACGCCUGCAUUGCGAAGGGACAUAGUCAUUAGAGAUGACAAGCAUGUGGAAGUAAAAGUAUCUAUAUGGGGUCGUCGUGUUAGAGAUUUCUUGCCCACUGAUAUGGCAAUAGAAUCUAACAAUAAUCCCAUUAUUCUGCUUCUAACUGGAUGUUUAGUCAAAUUAUACCAAGGCCAACCUUACCUGAGUGGAAGUUCUGCAUGCCAUUGGUAUUUUAAUCCAAAUAUACCUGAGGCAGAAGUUCUACUCAGAUCCUUGCAUGGAAGUGACAUAGCAAUAAGACGUGUUGGUACUCCUCUUGUUGAUGCAACUCAACCAGCGCCUAGACCUGUUGCGCAGAGUAUGACUUUACAAGAAAUGCAGGAGAUCGAUCCAUAUGAAUUUCCAGAAAAAGGUUGCACAUGUACUGUCACAAUCUCAAGGUUGAUUGACGAUCGAACAUGGUGGUUUCCUUCGUGCAACUUGUGCAACAGAUCUUGCAAAGCUGAUGGUGCAGACUAUACAUGUUAUGAAUGUGGCACAACUAACAAAUAUACAUACAAGUACAAACUAUGUUUCAUUGCCACUGAUGGGACUGAUGAAGCUGAAAUGAUAUGUUUUAGUGAGAUUGGCCGUCGAAUUGUCGGUAAAUCUGUUGAAACUGUCAUGAGAGCCCCUAGAGGUCGUGAUGGACUUCCUAUGGAUAUUGCAGCUAUAGUUUCUUCAAAGUUCACUUUCGCUGUAACCAUGAGUGAAAAAAGCUUUAGGAACCCAAAGAAAACAUAUCAGAUUACAGCAAUAAUUACAGCAUUUGGGAAACAAAAGAAUAUUCCAUACCAUUUGCCAAAUCAGAUUCAGAGCAGUCAAACUGAAAUAGCAGGCUCCUCAAGUUGUGCUAAUACACCAUCUAAACUUCUGCCCAUUAAUGAAGUUUACCUGCAGACGCCUCCUUCAAAGGAAGUUAGCCGCACACUUGCAAGUCCGAAUCCCGAAGAUGAAGCUCACGAAAAGACAAAGAGAAAAUUACUUCUGGAAGAAAUAAAUUUGGAAGAAGACACAAAUGCAGAUACAGCUGCACAAAACUUAUCACCCAAUACCAAUAACUCUGAAGAUGUUGUUCAUGCUGGUGUUAAAAGAGGAGCUACAGAAUCAGAACCACUUACUGUCCCAAAAGCUACAUCCUCCAAGGGAUUACGAAGCCAUAAGAAAUAAGAAAAUUCACAUGCUCCAAGGCUGCUGUGGAAGAGCAGAACUUCAUCAAGUUACAAGCAGCAACAAUGCAUCUUAGUUUAUUUUAUCCAAGUUAGAAUAUGCAGUGCCACAGUGGGAAACCACUUUGGUAGAAAAGCGGUAUAGAUGCACAUCCCUCUUAGUGAUGAUUAGCAGUAACAAUAGCUGAAUCAUUCUGCAAGUAUUAGCUGUCAUUGUACUUUGAAGAAAUCUAGCACUGUCUACACUGUGUACUAAGCUAAUAUUAUCGUGCACUAAUCCCAUUUCGAGCAUCAUAUAUUUGCUUCCAAAUAAUCAAUGUACUGAGGAAUACCUAUUAU